UGAACAGAGUACUCAAGGAAUACUGGAAUGAUGCACCUAAAGAUUCUGAAGAAUGGAUGCGAAACAAAGCUCGUAUUGAUAGGUAUCAGAAGUACAAGAAAGAAGCUAUCGAGCUGAAAUAGCCAAGAUGCUGGUAUAGGACGAAUAAACCUUGGACAAGAAGGAAAAGACUCGUACUUCAGAAAGAAGCAGUAAGGCAUUAUUUCAUCUUCAGCGAUGCUCAAUUCGAGCAUUAUUUCAAUCAUAUCCAUUUUGACUGAAGACAAAAGGAAUUAAUGAAGAAGUACCAAAUACUCUCAAAGCUUGGAAACAAUACGAGGUAUAACUCUUCUGAUGGACCACGUAACCUUCAUGAGACAAGAGAUCUAAAGACCUCUCUGAUGAGUCAAAAUUCAAAGCUCUCGCCUAAUAUCCCAUGAGGGAAAUCUAUGAUAAAGAAAUCAAAUAAAACCUGCAAAAAGUUGGCGCCUCUACAGAACCAGAAAAUGAUAGGCUCAAAUUCUCCACAGCAGUUAAAUAGGAAUUACUUCAAUUGGGAGGAGACUUCUCCUAAUUCGGAGAAAGUUUACAUGGCAGAGUCUUAUAGAAGGAGUGUCAAACCUAGCAAUUCUAGGAAGCUCAGAGUGCAAAGCACUCAGAAGAUCGGCCCUGGGCUGGCAAGUCCAGGGAUUGAGACACACAAGGCCCAUAAAAAUCUUUCAAGACCUAGUGAUAACAGGAUUCCACGGAUGCAAUCUCAUGCUGAGAUUGUUAAUUUCACCUUGGAGCAAUCUGAUAGAGGCUCAAGUGACCAUUCUCAAGCUUCUCAUCAAAAUAAUUUCAGUGUGAAAAGCAGAGUUGAAGGAGACUCAUUCUGGUCAAACAAGUCUAAGUUUGGAGCUGACCGGACAUCUCAUCAUUCAGGGUUUAAGGCCAUACAUGCUAAAUCAACUUUUGGCAAUACUGAAUCUACUAAUAUUAUGUCGGUCUCAAAAUGCCAGAAAUCUUCUCCUCCUAAAAAGAAGCGUAUCAAGAUUGUGAAGCGCAAGAAUCGUCAUUUUGUAUCAAAAAUGGCUAAGAAUAAUUCAGGGCUAGUCAUCAAAGACUCAAAAGAGGUAGAUUUAAACUCUGAAAAAAAUAAUAAUGCAGCUGAGGAGGAUAAGCCUUGACAAGAGGUUGAUACUGAUUCAAAAAAGAAGCGUAAAUCUAGCCCUCACGAGCCACAAACCAUCCUUCAUCAAGGGAAGAAAGAAAAAGCAUCCUCUGAAGGAAAGAACGAAACUGAAAGAAGUGUUUCAGACAGUCAAAGUAAGAUCAGUGAGGAGCAUAAAAUAACUGCAACAAUACCUGACAGCCCAAAGGUAAAAUUGAAGCUAGAGGAUACCUACCAAGUCGGCCAAGAAGAGAGUCUCACAAAAGAGUUACUGGGGGAUUUUGAAAAGCUUGAGAUACAGUAUAGGCUUCAUGAAAACUGGCUUGAUAUCACAGAUGAGCAAGAAAAGCCAUUUGCCUCUGAAUGUUCCCUUAUAUACACUACAGCUAGGCAUAGUCAGGGUGGCAAAGACCAAGAGCCUGAUGACUAG